AAAGAGAGAAGAAAAAGACAUCUAUCAAAUACACUUAACAGGAGCAAAAGAAAAACCCAUUAAUUUUGCGCUCUCUUCAACUUCUAGUGCAGUGAAUUUUUCUUAAUCCGCGAUUGAUUUUGCUCAGUCCAGUAUUCAGUAUUCGCUGAAAGGUUAAAGAAAGUAGAGGAAAGUAAUAUCUACACUGAAACAAUCAAAAAGGUUUCGGUCAAGAAGGAAAGACAAUGUUCACUGAUAGACGAGAGAAUGUGUAUCAGGGAAUUGUUACCAGGAGGAUUGUUAUUUCCAAUUCAAUUUUGACCGAGAAACCAAGUUCUGACCCUUUUGGUCAUAUAAAAAAGGGUGGCCAGGGGUUAGGCUUACCUUCUUCAGCGAAAUUCCGAAGUAGGCAAUUGGCAUCUGAUGCAGUUCCUGCGUCUCAAACCAUACCAGUUAGUAGGAAAGGUGGUGGGUCUGGAUCAGACAUGGACACAUCUUCUGACUCAGAAGAUGAGAUCUAUGGUGGACAGUACUCACUGGAGUCAUCCCCCCAAGAUGACAAAAUUCCCAAUAUUGCAGCUGCUAGACAUAUCUCUCCAAUGAAAAGGAAUGGGAAUUAUGUUACUGAUAAAACUCACUCCAACUUGAGUAUGUCUGGGGAGUCAUUUUGGCAGAAACAGGGAAGUGCUGCUGCAGAAGAUCAUCAACUUUCAGAUUCUGACAUUAGCACUCAAGCUUCAUUUAUGCAACAAAGAAGCACUAAUUAUUCUGCCUCCCAUAAACAGAAUUUCCAGGAUCCAACAUUGAAGAACAAAAAGUUUCUUUAUAAAGAUAUGCCCACUGCACCUCCUAUCCAUUCUACUGUAGACAUUGAAAAAAUGGAUGGGAAAAUUUCAACUUGUAGAGCCAGUGACAUAUCUCAUGUUGAAAUUUUGAAUAGUUAUAAAGCCAUAGACAACUCAAAAUCAUCGACAAGUGUUUAUUCUAGCAAUUGGAUUCCUGACCAAUCUGAAAGGAUUGGAGCUGGUAGAGAAGUUAAUGCACCCACAAGUUCUUUGCCUGCCCGCCUCCCAACAUUUCAUGCAAGUGCACAAGGUCCUUGGUGUGCUGUGAUUUCCUAUGAUGCAUGUGUUCGACUUUGUCUUCACUCAUGGGCCAAAGGUUGCACUGAAGAAGCUCCCUACUUCUUAAAUGAUGAAUGUGCAUCAUUGCGCAAUUCAUUUGGUUUGCAGCAAGUGUUGUUACAAUCAGAAGAAGAACUUUUGGCAAAACGAACUUCACAGUUGGUAAGUGAAGGAGCUGCUCUGAAAUCUAAGCGAACUUUUGGCAAAAUGAAAGUGCAAGUACGUAAAGUGAAAAUGGGUUUAGACCCACCUCCUGGAUGCAGUUUUGCUUCUCUAAACCCAUCCAUGCUAAAACUUGAACCACUCCGUCGCCCGUUGUCAACUUUAAAUUCAACAUUGCACUCUGGAUGGGAAGCUGUGCGGAAAGUUCAUGUCAGUCCUCAGAUUCCCCCAAAUGGUUCCUUUUCACAACAAAGCUUGGCAUACAUGCGUGCGAGCACUCAUUAUAUUAAACAGGUCUCCAAGGUCUUGAGAAAUGAGGUGGCUACUUUGUGCAGCAACCCCUCCUCAUAUGCAGCUGUGCAAGAAACAUAUACUUGCUUGGUGAGGUUGAAAAGUUCUCCUGAAGAGGAUUCAAUUCGAAUGCAAACAGGAUCUGGUGAAACUCAUAUGUUCUUUCCUGACAAUCAUAGUGAUGACUUGAUCAUUGAAGUUCAAGAUUCCAAAGGAAAGUACUGUGGCCGUAUCUUGGCCCAAGUGGCUGCUAUUGCUGAUGACCCAAAUGACAAGCUUCGAUGGUGGCCCAUAUACCAUGAGCCAGACCAUGAUCUCAUUGGCAGAAUGCAGUUGUACGUAAACUAUUCAACUGCUCUAGAUGAGAGUAAUCAUCCAAAGUGUGGUUGUGUGGCAGAAACUGUGGCAUAUGACUUUGUUCUGGAAGUUGCAAUGAAAGUUCAACAUUUUCAGCAAAGAAGCUUAUUGCUACAUGGCCCAUGGAAGUGGCUAGUAACUGAAUUUGCAUCUUAUUAUGGAAUAUCAGAUGCAUACACCAAGUUAAGAUACCUUUCCUAUAUCAUGGAUGUGGCUACACCCACCAAAGACUGUCUCGACUUAAUAUAUGAUCUGUUACAACCUGUAAUCAUGAAGGGUAAUAGGAAGAGUGUGUUGAGCCAUCAAGAGAAUCGCAUCCUUGGAGAGGUUGAGGAUCAAAUUCAACAAAUUCUUGUCCUGGUUUUUGAGAACUACAAGUCACUAGACGAAUUAAUGCCAUCUGGCAUAAUGGAUAUUUUUUGUCCUGCCACUGGAUUGGCAGCUCCUGCAUUGGCACCAGCUGUCAAGCUUUACUCUCUCCUGCAUGAUGUAUUAAGUCCUGAGGCACAGUUGAAGUUCUGCCGAUAUUUUCAGGCUGCUUCCAAAAAAAGGUCAAGGAGACAUUUGGCUGAGACAGAUGAAUUUAUAAGCAAUAACGAGGGCACAUUAAUGGAUCCCUUGAUGCUUUCAACUUCUUAUCAAAAGAUGAAAUCUCUUAUUUUAAGUGUUAGAAAUGAGAUUUGCACCGACAUACAGAUCCAUAAUCAACAUGUGCUUCCCAGUUUUAUAGACCUUCCAAAUCUGUGUGCAUCCAUAUAUAGUGUGGACCUCUCCAAUAGAUUGCGCUCGUUUCUUAUUGCAUGUCCUCCUUCUAGUCCCUCACCCUCUGUAGCUGAACUUGUUAUUGCAACAGCGGACUUUCAAAUGGAUCUUGCUUCUUGGAACAUUAAUCCUGUGAAAGGUGGAGUUGAUGCGAAAGAGUUGUUCCACUCUUAUAUAACCGUCUGGAUCCAAGACAAACGUCUUGCCUUGCUUGAGUUGUGCAGAUUAGACAAGGUAAAGUGGUCUGGUGUGAGAACACGACAUUCAACAACCCCUUUUGUUGAUGAGAUUUAUGAGCGACUGAAGGAUACACUGAAUGACUAUGAAGUAAUAAUUCAACGUUGGCCAGAGUACACUGUUGUUUUGGAGAGUGCUAUUGCAGAUGUUGAGAAGGCAAUUAUUGAAGCUCUGGACAAGCAGUAUGCUGAUUGCUUGUCCCCUUUGAAGGACAGUCUCGCACCAAAGAUCUUUGGCCUUAAAUAUGUGCAGAAGUUUGCCAAACGAGCAGGGGAAGUUUAUGUUGUGCCUGAAGAGUUGGGGGUUCUUCUGAAUUCCAUGAAAAGGAUGCUGGAUGUACUGUGGCCCAAGAUAGAAAUCCAGAUGAAAUCAUGGGUUUCUUGCUCCCCUGAUGGUGUAGAUACAGUGACAGGAGAAUGUCUUAGUGAAGUCACUGUGUUGCUAAGAUCCAAAUUCAGAAGUUACCUCCAAGCAAUUGUGGAAAAGCUGGUAGACAAUACAAAGAUGCAGAAUGCAACAAAACUGAAGAACAUAAUCCAAGAUUCAAAUGAAACUAUGGUGGAGUCAGACUUACGAAAUAGAAUGCAGCCUGUGAAGGAUCUUAUGGUAAAAACAAUAGAUAAUCUGCAUUCUGUUGUUGAACCUCAUGUGUUUGUUGCCAUUUGCCGAGGUUUCUGGGACCGCAUGGGACAGGAGAUACUACGCAUUUUGCAAAAUAGGAAAGAGAAUAGGUCUUGGUAUAAAGGCUCACGAAUUGCUGUUUCUAUCUUAGAUGACAUAUUUGCAUCACAAAUGCAGCAAUUACUUGGAAAUGCAUUACAAGAGAAAGACUUGGAGCCACCAAGAUCCAUAAUGGAAGCUCGAUCAGUGCUUUGUAAAGACGCAGUAAAUCAUCAUGACAGCAACUACUAUUUAUAGAUUCUUGGUUCCUGUACAUACAGAUUCAUAUCCUUAUUCUGGUUCAGCAUUUUUUACAUUGAAGAAGCAAAGGGGAAAUCUUAGUUGCAAAAGACCACACAUUUUCCCAGUAAUACGCAUUCGACCUCAGAAUGAAGAAAGUUCAGUCAAUUUUGUCCCUUCUGUAAAGUUUUCCCGUGGCCAUGGCCUCCAUGGUAAAAUUUCCUCCUCUUUCUCAAAGAAUGUCAAUAUUUUUUGGGAGCUCCAUUGCAACCCAUCUUAACUACGCUGUUCUUUGGUUCUUUUUACAUUUUCUGUUGAUUCUUAAAUUACUAUUACUAAAUUAAUUACCAAGCAUAUGAGUUUAGGAAUUUGCAUGAAACGUGACUUGUUCUCUUCAUCUCGAAAAAUUAUAUAAUACAACUGUAAAUCAAUGUAGGGUGUCCUACAUGAAAUGACAAACCAAUAGUAGAUAAACAAGUAUGUACAAGUCAGUUUAUAAUUUUUAUA